UAUAAUAGAUAUCUCUGUGCGUUAUCCUUUCGACGCGUUUUAGCAUCGUGAUGUUAAAAUCAAUGUAACCUAAAUAUAUGGGGGAACAUGUGACGUGUAUAAUUGGCUAAAAUCCAUUUGAUAAAUUGUGUUGUCGAAACUGUCAAACGGCGAUAUUUUAAAAUCAAUCUAGAGCAUAUGAAUCCGUUUCCAUGGCAAUCAAUAUGCGGCGCCGAGACACUCAAAGUGUUAAUCGGAAUGAUAACGAGAGGAUACUGCUAUGUUGGUGUGCGUUAUAUUUAAGCUGAUUAGCAUGUACACGCUGCAAACAGGACACACAUUACACACGCUGCAAAUACACAAUGAAUGAUUUAGUAGACUGAAGAUGUCAAUAAAGAUUACGAUCUCAUUGUUUAACGGUCAAGUGAACAAAGGAAAAGGAAGGAUUAUAAGGUCAAAUCAACAUUAAUGGAUCCUGUUAUUUGUAAUAUGUGAAUUUGUGAACAAGGUUUCAAUUAUUUUUUUUCGAAAAAACGAUGUUGUCUGAUAAAGGUGAUGUGGUCCAUAUGAAGGAACCCGUUGUCGAGGCAACCGGAUGGUUGUCUAAGAGAGGGAGUCAUUUUAAAGUUCUGUCAUUCUGUCUAAUAUGCACUAUUGUCUAUAUCUAUUUAUACUCAAAUUUGACAAUCCGGACUAUGGUUGUAAAUGAUAUGAUGCAGAACACUAUAAAUGAUCUCCAAAGAUGGAAAAACAAAGUGGAGGGAUGGGUGAGAGGAUUUUCGGAACUUUCUCAAAAUCAAAGUAUUGUUAGUACUGUGGGACAAGUGCAAACAGAAUAUAGAAUAGAGAAAAAUAAUGAAUCUAUACAUUUAUCCGACCCCGUACAAACAACAACGGAAUCACAAUUAUUUACUCAACAUUGGACAAAAUAUAAAACACUUAAAGAACGAAUCGCAGCUUUAAAGGACGCUAUAAUCAGGAACGAGGCUGAUCCAUUGUUAACAUUAUUUACAACAUGGCCGACUAAAACAGAAAAAUUCAUUGUACAUAACAGCACGAUUAAAAAUUGGAAUUCAUUACAUCCAUUUGUGAGAUCGGUUUUCUUUACAAACGAAGAGGAUUUAGCGUCUAGGGUGAAAUCGAUGGGAUGGUCCGUCUUGCCAAUCAAACAAUCUGCAGUAGGAAUUCCUAUAUUAAAGUACAUGUACACAGAUACGAUGUUAAAAUAUAAGUCCACAUUUUACGCCUAUUCAAAUGGUGAUAUAUUAUUUAAUGAAGGUUUAGUCGAGACAUUAAUUUCUCUUUUGACUUCUGAUCUUGACUUCAAUAAGCCAUUAAUGAUAGUUGGACAGAGAACAAACGUUCAAGAUAUGACACAGGAUGAAACUUCAUCUUUUGACAAAAUUAAACUAGCUUCUAAGCGAGGGAAACUGUUUACCCCUUAUGCAGAGGACUUCUUCAUAACGAACGCUAUUUACCCGUGGAAGGAGUGUGCGGAAGUCGUGAUUGGCCGAAGAGCAUAUGAUAACUGGCUUGUAUUGAAUGCCAGGAAACGCGACCACAUAACAAUUGAUGGUACUAAAACUAUACUCGCAGUUCACCAAACAACGAAAGCUGGAAAUUUUGAAGGACAUGGUAGACCAAACAGUAACUAUAAUGAUAGAUUGUUGGUUAAACUUUAUCGUCGCGUUUAUUAUGGGUCAGGGUUAACUUCGUGUACCUCGUACUACACUUUACCUCGUGCUACAGGAGGAUCAAAACUCGAAAAAAGAAAGGUUCACAAAAGCUGUUUCCCUUUGUAAGUGUCACUCAUCGUUGUCACCGCAUGACUUUGCUCUCGAACUUUUAAACUGAAGGUAUUCCUGUUUGCGCUCAUAACUGAAUGUUUUACCUGUUUGCGCUCAGAAACGGAAGGUUUGCGCUCAGAACCGAAUGGUAUACCUGUUUGCUCUUAUAUAUAAUCGUAAGCAAGGACAUACCUGUUUCUUUAUAUUUUAUUUCUGACGACUCCCAUGUAGCCAAAUAUUUGAUAAGUAUUUAAAAUACCAAAGUUAAGAUAUAUUAUUAUAACAGUAAGUAUUAAUUACCAGCAUUGUAUGCGUCAAACAUUGAGUAAACGUUUUAUCAAAUUUACAUGUUGAUAAUUUUAGAGUUCAGGGCGUAUAAAAGCAAUCAAAUAUCAACCAUUUUAAUUGUUUAUUGUAAUUUAAACAUUACUAAUUGUGUACCUUUAGUUAUUGUCUAUCCAUUAGUACUUCAGUGCUGGUCUUUUAUUUAGAUACAUAUUAAUGUGUUUUAUUGACCUUUAGGAGAUUAUGUAUUUUUAGCAGAUCUAUGUUAUUUUAUUCACCAUUGUUUAAUACUCGUCGAUUUAUAGAGCUCGACAUAUUUUACAGACUUGUCUACUGUUGAAGACCUUCAUUAGAUUGUUUUUGUGGUAUUUUAUGUUGUGUGAUUGCUGUCACAUUUUUGAAAACUCAACAUCCAUUUUAGUUCAUAUUUGAAAUCCAGGUUGUUUGACCUCAGAUGAAUAUGUAUUCUAUGUUUUUGAAACCUCUUUUUUUAUGUACCCUAUGUAAUUCGUAUUUCUGUUAUACGUUCAUGCAUACUAUUUACAUAUUUUAUUUUAAUGUAACAUAUUUGUGGUUACAAGUACAUGUAGUAGCAUGAUCCUGUCGUCGUUCGAAUAUAGCACAGGCACUUUUCUGAGACAAGUGCCUGUGUAUGUUAAUGUAGGGUCCUUGAAACAAUUUCCGUAAGAUAAAACAACGAUACUUGAAAGCUGAAGUCAACGGGUUAAAUACGGAUAUUGUGGUCCAAAUGGUAAAACAAGGAUAUAUGAGGUGUGUCCACAUCUUCCGUUUCAGCGGACAAUUUUAAAAAAAUACUUCCAUUUCAACAGUUUUUGUUUCACUGACAGGAUCGGAAUGGCUUUUUUUUUGUAGCCGAAAGUAUGCAUACGGUUAAGAGUCUGUAUAAAAUAUAUGAGACAUUUUAAUCACUUUCUCUCAUUUCCGUGAUUUUGAUUGGCAGUGCGAGAUAAAUCCAAAGAAAAAGGUACCAAUUUUAGAAGUUUUCUUUUGUAUUUUUAUUAAGCUUUCGAGUGCACCAAUUGAUAUCAUCAUAUCCAUGAAUAAAUAUAUAUAAGGACAAAACACAUAAGUAAGGAACAUUUGACCUUUUCUGUGGACAUACUUCAUAAAACAUUUAAGGAAAAAACUCAUAAGAAGUACAAUUGUUUUCUAAUACAGUCUUAUUAUAUAUCAUGGUGAAGAGGACAUAUAUUUGACCCAUAAUAUGUGAAUCAACUACGUAAAGAUUUUAAUAAUUCAUAUGUAAUGUCAUUAUAUAUAUAUAAACGUGGCCUGAUUAAAUCAUUGAAUAUUUAAUCAUAUCAGAGGGAAAUCCAAGGGAUUGUAUGAAGGACUCGAGACAUCUCAAUCAUUCAGGGAUGAAUUUUGUCUUCACAGCGGAGCAUUGGUAGAGGGGUUCAAAGUUUGAAACGGACAGACAUAACGCCUUUAAAAUCAUUAAACUGCACAAAAAUGAAACUUCAGAUUUACUAAACUUUAUUAUUUAUGAAACUGGCUAUAAAUUAGAAUAUAUACUAAUAUAUAUUGCUUAUCAAAGUCAAUAUUUCCCAUGUUUGAACGAAAUUAUGAAAAUAAGUUUCACCCUAACUUUGGUGUUAAUCAAUGACCAUAAAACGUCUCAAUAUUUCCCACGUUUUCAGUGUAAAUAUCGUAUAACACUCAAUUAUUUACGACGUACACUGUGAAGUACUAGACAUACGGUAUAUUUACAAUCGAACAUAAUCACAGAUAUAGUGUAUCAUGUUUCUAAAUUUAAGAUACAAAUUGUACACACAAUGACACAUUAAUUCACUCUCCUUGUUUAAUGUGAAAGGUUAACAUUGAUUAUAAACCUUGCUAGAAACUUGAUAUUAAAUGUCUUAAUUCCAAAGUUUAUUACAAAAUAGGUUGUAAUACCAAUGCAGCUGGCUUUUUUGUCUUCAAUGUAGACGCGUUGUUCGCUGGUUAUGCACCAUUUAUGGGCAUUAUGUUUUCUGGUCUGUGCGUCCGUUCGUCUGUCCUGCUUCAAGUUAAAGUUUUUUGUCGAGGUAGUUUUUGAUGAAGUUGAAGUACAAUCAACUUGAAAUUUAAACAUGUUCCCUAUGGUAUGAUCUUUGUUGAUCUCACCAUGUAGUAAAGAUGAGUCAUUCUUGUUUAAGCAUUUUUUUUCUUUUUCACGAAAGUCCCAUACUGCCACAAAGAUUUGAGCGUAUAAUAUGAAUGUGCAUAAUUGAUAUGUUCUAGUUAGUUUCAAAUACUCCAGUCUAGUAUAUUGUCUCGUUUUUAAAAGUAAUUGAAAUAUAUUUUAAGAUUUGAUAUAUAUAAUAAAAUUCAAUACUAAAACUAUCUGAAAGUUAAUUUUCAGAUAGUUUUAGUGUGGAAUUUUUAUUUGUAAAUAAGUCGUUUGUUUUUUUAAUUCUUGUUUCAGUAUUUUGAAUAAUAUGUAUAACUGCAAUGUAAGUUCUCCACGAUAUAGCCUUAUGCGCUGCUGUAAUUGUAAAUUACAUUUACACGAUGAGCUAUGUGUAGUCAUUUAUUGUUAAUGUAUGAAUAGUUUGUUACAGUGAGAAUCAAAGACCGAAAAGCAUUACACAUCUUGUCAAAACUGUAUACAAUUUAUAUUGUGUUUAUUUAUGUUUUGUUGAAAAUAAAAUAAUUUCA